UCGCCGCCGCCGCGCCCGCCCGCCCUCCGCGCGUCCCUGCCGCGCUCCGAUCCCUGCGGCCAGCCCGGGGCGCGCUCGGUGCUCCGGGCAGAGUGUCCCCGCUGCGGCCCUGCGGCCAUGGCCACCAAGAUCGACAAAGAGGCUUGCCGGGCGGCGUACAACCUGGUGCGCGACGACGGCUCGGCCGUCAUCUGGGUGACUUUUAAAUAUGACGGCUCCACCAUCGUCCCCGGCGAGCAAGGAGCGGAAUAUCAGGACUUCAUCCAACAAUGCACAGAUGACAUCCGGCUGUUCGCCUUCGUGCGCUUCACCACCGGGGAUGCCAUGAGCAAGAGGUCCAAGUUCGCCCUCAUCACGUGGAUCGGCGAGAACGUCAGCGGGCUGCAGCGAGCCAAAACCGGCACGGACAAGACCCUGGUGAAGGAAGUCGUGCAGAAUUUUGCUAAAGAGUUUGUGAUCAGUGAUCGGAAGGAGCUGGAGGAAGAUUUCAUCAAGAGCGAGCUGAAGAAGGCUGGGGGAGCCAAUUACGACGCCCAGACAGAGUAACCCCAGCCCUCCCCCUGUCCCUUGCCAAAGUCAUCUGCCUGCUCCCCGGGGGAGGGGACCGCGGCCUCAGCUACCAGCCCACCAGCCCACCAGGGAGAGGAGACGCAAUGAGAGGCAACGCCCGCCACCCUGUCUGCACCCCAGCUCCCCUUCCUUCCCUGCUUCCCUUGUGAGCCCUAUUAUGUCCUAAAUCAUGAAGCUCAUGGAACAUCUUUCUUUUAUCUUCUUUUUCUCCCCACCCCUUCUUUCAUGUUCUAAAGAAAAAUCAUUUUGAUGCCAAGGUCAUGCCCAUCAUCAGAUCUGAGGCGCCUCCUUGGGUGACCCCUUUUCCUGGCAUUUCUCUGACGUGCACCUAGCCUGCCUGGCCUUGCCCACCAUGGCCUCAUGCUGCUUCUGGAACCUAGGUCUGUGCCGUCAUCUUGGUUUUCCAUGGCGUGCCUGCCUGCUGACCGCUGAGGAGGCAGCGGUGCCAGCUGUGCGCCCGCCGCCGCCGGCCUUCAUGAGCACAUACAUUUCUCCCAUUCUCAGGCUCCAACUCUCAGAGUGUGCCCCCGAGUCCCUCACCCCACCCCAUCAAAGUUGCCUGAGCUACAUGGCCAACAGAGCCAGUGCUGGGUGGGGAGACAUUCAGGCCUGACUCAGACCAAGAGAGGAGAGAAAAUUUGCCUUAAACGUUGCCUGGCAGUGGCUUGGCCACACGGUCUAAAAUGGCUCGUUCCCGCCCUUUUGGUGGUGUCUCACUAUGGCAUGGAGUGGGGCGAAGGAACGAGUCCAGAUUUGACAAGAGGAGUCUUUCAGGUUAACUUCAGGGGCUCCCAAAGUGACAAGGCUGUUAGGGAGAGAGGCCCGGGGUGCGGAAUGGGAUUGAGGUAGAGCUGGGAACAGAUUCCUUACUUUCGGGAAGGUCUGCCGACAGCAAGGACAGCAGGGGCCGAGGGCUGCUCUGCCACCCCGGCCGUGUGGAGCAGGGGCCCCGCCCUCGCAGACCAGAGCAUCUGUGGUUCUAAUCCUGGGUCUGCACCACACAUUCAAAAGGAUUUUUUUUCCAAAGAAAGAUGAGAUCGGCUUGGUUCUUCAUGAGCACAUUUGUAUGGUUCUUUCUCUUCUUUUCCUUGCUCACUUCAUUGGGGGAGAUCUGUGCUGUAUUGGGGUUGCCAGGAACAUCUGCACUCAAACAGUUUACAGAAAUAAAUGUUUGUUUUGUUUUUCAAAAAACAA